UCAAAUGCUAGUAACACCGGUAAGGUUAGCUAUUGUCGGUCUGCCAGCCAAAGAUACACAGAGUAAAGGCUUUAAUUUCACACUACAACUAACCUCACCGGGAGAUAUAACGGAAACGGCUCUAUAUGUGAUAUCCCCUAACUUGAACUAACAACAACUACAAGCGAGACAAGUGGACAAAGCACAAUCAGACUACAUAAUCCCACUUGGACAGCAACACACUACUGUAACAAACCGACCACCGAGGGACGAGCUAACUGACAGAUUGACACUUUGACCAGCCAGGGCUUCAGAUAAAUGGCUGACAAGCAGAUCAGUUUGCCUGCCAAAUUGAUCAAUGGGGGGAUCGCUGGCCUAAUUGGAGUGACCUGUGUGUUUCCCAUUGACCUGGCCAAGACUCGCUUGCAAAACCAGCAAAAUGGAUGUCGCAUUUACACCAGCAUGUCAGAUUGCCUUAUUAAGACCAUCCGGUCAGAGGGGUAUUUUGGGAUGUACCGAGGAGCGGCGGUGAACUUAACACUAGUCACGCCUGAGAAAGCCAUCAAAUUGGCUGCCAACGACUUCUUCAGGCAACACCUCUCCAAGGAUGGUAAACUCACUCUGGUUAAGGAGAUGCUGGCUGGGUGCGGGGCGGGUACCUGCCAGGUUAUUGUCACAACUCCUAUGGAGAUGCUGAAAAUCCAGCUCCAGGAUGCUGGACGAAUUGAGGCUCAGAGAAAGCUGAUGCCAGAGACAGUGGCAGCAGGUACUAUCGAGACCAAAUCCCCAACAGCCAUGCAGCUCACCAGAGAAUUAUUGAGGGAAAAGGGCAUUGCUGGUCUGUAUAAGGGCCUCGGUGCCACAUUGCUCAGGGAUGUUCCUUUCUCCAUCAUCUAUUUCCCGCUUUUUGCCAACCUGAACAACCUGGGCAAACGAGGCGUAGACGGGCCUGCUCCUUUCUACGUGUCAUUCUUAUCAGGCUGCCUUGCAGGGAGCACCGCAGCGGUUGCUGUCAACCCUGUCGAUGUGAUAAAGACUAGACUGCAGUCGCUGAACCGAGGGAGCACAGAAGACACGUACAGUGGAGUGACUGACUGUAUCAGGAAAAUCAUGCAUAAUGAGGGUCCAUCAGCCUUCCUGAAGGGAGCCUACUGUCGAGCCUUGGUCAUCGCACCUCUUUUUGGCAUCGCCCAGGUGAUCUACUUCCUGGGUGUGGGUGAAAUGAUCCUCAGCUUCUUGCCUAAAAAAGACAACUAAGAAGCACCUCCUUUCUGCCUUUCCCUCCCACAAUGCAUCACACCAACUGCGUGAGGAUUCAUCUCAUUCUGAAAGAAGUUUUCGAUGGGUCGAAGCAUGACCAAUCCGUACAUUUUGUUUUAAAUGUGUUGUGUUGAAUGUCAAAAUAGUUUAAGGAGGGAGCCUUUGUCUGCCAAGCUGCCUGUGGUGGCACACACAAAUCCAGUGGGCAUGCUGAGCUAGCUUUCUGGAAAUGAAGCCACAAAUAUCAGUUGAGGUUUUAAAGGAAUAUUGCUUUAAUUACAGCAUUUCAUUGCAUUUUUUAAAUAUGAUUGUCAUAUUUUCAAAGUAGAUGUACUGCCCUUGGUUGCUGCUGUUCUGCCAAACCUACACUACCUAAUUUUAAACAGCGUUACUCUCUGAAUGACAGAGAAGACCAUAGUGAACUAUUGAAAAUGAUACAUAACUCGCUAAAAGAAGCACAUACUUUACUAAGAAAGAUAUUUGAGAACAUUAGAAUAGAAUGUUUACCAAAAAUGCUAUUCAAAGAAUUCCCGAGACCUUAUGUUUCAGACAAAGAGCCAGGGAAUGUGUUGAUGUGAUGCCAGCACACCCCCUAUGAUCUUUCCUGAGAAGCCACAUCCCUUCCUGUAAGUGGUUGUAAUAAACUCAGCCAUUCAUCUCCGAGCAGGCUUUGAUUGCCUUGGCUUUUUCAAGUAGCUCAGGUUCCAUCUGAUAUUCAGUGCUACCACAAUGGUUCGACUGUUUUGCCUCUGUGAAAAAGAUACCUCCUGUUUCCUAGUCUCACCGUAGAGUGAAGAGACGGUGUACAACAUUUGGGCAUUAUGCUCUACCAAACUGCACGUACACAUUGUUUAAAACGGCCUCUGUGCGUCUUUCUAUGGGUCAAAACUGUCAGGCAUGUUGUACUUGUGGCUCAAUCAGUGAUGUCACAGCGGGGGAUUUUCCUUCGAAGGACGAUGGAAAACACCUGCCGUGACAUCACUGAUUGGUUUGUGGCCAAAAGUGCCGUGCGCUUUAAAGAUUUCAUUGCACAGAGAGCAGAGCGACAGCUGUUUUCGGCCCUGUGUGAUUCAUUGUGGGUUCAGAUGAAAGCGUUAGCUGUGAACACUGAAUGGGUUGAAAGUAAUUUUAAUAGAAUGUCAGAUUAUUAGUGGACAUUUAGUAAUUAUGCUGACAAAUGGCCACACAUCACAUGCUGAGUACAGUCAUCCAUUGUGGAGCCAGUAAGACUUUAGCUGGAGAAGUUCAAACCCCUUAGAGCCAGACAUAAUUAUUAUUAUUUUUACAAAUGAGUUCACAUUUCAUUCAAAGUCUUUGUCCAAACUUGAAUUCAGUGGCAGGACCCAAAGAGCAAAUGAUAAACAUUUCUUUAUCAGAAAAUGAAAACCAAUGUGUUUUCAGUGUUCUAUGAUAUUUACCAAACGUCUCUGCUUGUUUGCUUUAGAGGUUUUGUUUGCUUUACGCUGCUAAGGAAAGCAGCCCCGUCGUAUCUUGUUUAUGCAUCACAACACUGAAGCCCUGCCAUUGGUUUAUCUCGCCGGAGAUCAAGGUGACUUUGAUGUGAAUUAUCCAAUCACAUUCCUUCCUCACUCCCACUGUUCAAGCAGCUUGUCAAUUGUACUGUUGCACUCUAGAUACGGGAUGCAACCCUUCAAUAUAUUAUCAUUUGUGGGAGUGAGAUUUGUUUAUCAAUAUUCCUUUCGAUAGGCAGCAUAGCACUAUAUAUUUGUAUGUGUUUGUUCUUUCUGUGUCAAAGUGUCCACCUUAACUAUAUUGUACAUAUGCAGAUGAUAUGAACUUUAUGUUAUUGUUUGUUUUGUACAUGAUGGCUUAUUUGCACACCUACCUCUCCUCCUCACCCCUCCCCCCCUCCCCCCCUCCCCCCAAUCCAUAUUGUGGUGAUUUUAUUUUAUGAUGGUGUGGACAUAUCAAAUGAAGAAACAUGUUUUAAUGCAACAAGCAUCAUAUCAACUUAAAUGCAGCAUAUUGAUGAGGGUUUUUUAUUGUAUGCAAAGGGGAACACUAGUGGAGAUCUACGAUGGUUUUAUGCAGGGACUAUUUCUCCUGAGCUAUUGGUUAAGUUGGGUCAGCCUAUUGUCCUGUUUCCUACAGUUUUAUCAACUAGGACCAAACUGAGCAUCAUACAAUGAUGAUAGAAAUGUAGUUGGUUUUAAGCGAAUGACCUCUGGCACUACUUAAACAGUUCUGAAAGGGAAAUAAGGACCUGCUGACAUCAGACUGUAAAGCUAACAUCUGAGAAUGGUGCUUCUUUCAGGAGGUAGCUGCAAUAUGACAUUGAUGGCACUAACGACCAAGGCAAUGCCGACUGAAUGACAUGCUAGCUAAAGAAUCUCAGCGUUAUCAAUGUUUUUAAUCAAAGCCAUAGGUCCGGGAGGGAAUACAGAACUGCUACAGAAAAAGGGCAAAAUGACCUGCCGACUCGUGUGAGCUCGUCUUUAUAAUGUACUGUUGUAGUUUUUCAACAUUCCGAUUGCCAGUUCAUCUCACAUUUGCUAAUAUUGUGACGCCUGUUGUGUGUGUUGUUGAGAUUGUUGUUAUGAUUUUUAAAACUCCCCGCUCACCCCUCCCUCGUUGUUUCAAUAUCUUUUUUUUUUUUAUCUGUUAUUUUGGUUGAAUCUUGAAAAUGUUGUGCAAGUUAUUUUCUUUUACUCAGCUGUGAAUUUUCACUGACCUUGUGCAUUUAGUUAUGUCUGUGCGUGUGUGGGUGUCUGAUUGUGUAGUGCUGUAGUGCUGUAGUUGACGUGUAGUUGUUAGUGCGACACUGCGGUAUUUUUCUCUUUGAUUGUCCAACUCAUGCUCUCUCCCCUUUUUCCUUCUAUCUUUCACACUCCUCUGCCAUGUACUCUCCCCAUGCAUUCACAGCUGGGACUGCAGGUAAAUGCAGAGGAGCUCUGAAACACCAAAUGUAUGACUUAGAGUGUAAACAAUCAAAGGAAAGCACAUAGGAUUAUUAGGCACAAGAAACCACAGGGCCCUCUUUGAAUAUACUCGGACAAAGUCCUUGGAAAACAAUGUGCUGCUUUUGCAGACAUGGAUUAAAGUCUGAUUUAUUUCAGUGGAGAUGUCGAUUGAGAUUAACUUUUUAGUCUUGUAAGAAAGUUGAUCUAUGUCUGUAAAACUUGAUCUAUAGGGCUGAGACGACGGUCAUUAUAAUAGACCAAUGUGAUGGUGUCCACGAUGUCAUCCAUCAGCAGUCAUCCACAAAACGUAUAUCGCCUACAUAUUCUAAAUGAAUCGGAUAUAAGAAUGUAUCUUAGAUAUUAUGAGAUGUAUUAUAAUUAUAGUGAAGAGUUUAUUACAUUUUAAUCUAAAGAUUUGUGCUUUACACAUUCACCUGAAAAAAAUCACAAACCAGCUCACUGAUAUGCAAUAAGUAGUAGCCACACACACUAGAGAAAAAGAAAAGAAGAAACAGGAAAAAAACAAACAUAACAACACAAUGUAUGAUGCAAGCGGGACCUUGGAGGCCUUCUGGGGUCUCUUCAUGGCCUCUGCAGUCUUCCUCCAAGAGGAAUUGUGCAUUAUGGCACUUUAUGGACUCUCACCUCACUGUCUAUCUACAAAGUCUCUGUGGCGAAGAGGGUGUUUAUGAAUAUGUGUGGUGAAUGACACAGUUGUCCUUGACAUUGUUGACAAAAAAAAUUAUAAUAUUGUGUUCCCUGUCACCAUUUGCUGUUCAAUAAACUGACUGUCCUGAAAUUG